CGAGCGAAUGCUCCGUUGAUAAGCUCCGGUUACUCCGAUUGUGUUCUAACUAAUAAAUAGUUCUGUGGUUAAAAGUGUUCGAAUCAUUAACUCCGGUUCUCCUUCUCUCAAAUAUAAUAUUCGAAUAUACAAGAAUAUAACAGCUGGCGACGAGGAUGGGAUCCUAGUAGGCGUAGUGAAAAUCAGCCACGUGGAAUUCGUGGCGAGAGUUUUGCCAGAGCCGAAUGGGCGACGGUGUUCGAGAAACUACGCAACAGAGGAAGUGAUUUGCCGAGAAGGAGGAAGUUAAGAGAAGAUGCCGACGACGAGUUCAGGCUCAGGUACGCAAAGCCCGGUAUCGGGACAAAAUCCACCGGCAAAGGUAGCAAUUGCAAACCCUUUGCAAGUCGAUGUUUUCGACCCGCAGCGGCAGCCGUUAAUUCGUUGGCUGCAGCGACUUGAAGGUGCCUUUCGAGUGUUUCAAAUCUCGGAAGGCGCAGAACGUGUUGCUUACUUGCUACAUUUCGUAGGCGUAGAACCGUUCGGGAUUUUGUGCGACCGACUGGAUCCUAUCGAUCCAUAUACUCAAACGUAUGAGACGUUAAUUGGAAAAUUAAAAGAAUUUUACGCGCCCGAGCCACUAGAGAUAGCCGAGAUAUAUAUUUAUCGGAAGCGUAUGCAACGUACAGAGGAGACUGUCCAGGAAUACAUGGCGGCUCUCCAGAAAUUAUCGCUUCACUGCAAAUUUGGAGAAUAUCUACCAAUGGAACUACGGAAUCAAUUCGUAUUCGGCUUAAGGAAUCAUCGGAUUCAAUCGAGGUUGUUGGAGACGGCGAAUCUCACGAAGGACUCCGCAUUAAAAAUCGCAUGCGGAAUGGAAAUGGCGGAGAAGGGCGUUAAUAAACUAAAAGAAGAAAAUCAUCUAUCGGAAACGACCGUUGACUACAUUGGAGCUGGAGCAAAACAGAAGAAGACAAAGGGCCGUGAUGAUCGUACUGGAAACAGAGGAAAUCAACAACAAGGGUCGAGGAAGGACGCAGCGACUUCGAAGCAUUCCAAUCUUGGCAAACAUCAUAAGUAUACAAAUAAUAAGCGUUCGAACUCGAAAGUUAAUGAUAUUGUUUGUUAUAGGUGUGGUCAGGCUCAUUUGGCGCCAAGCUGUACCCUUCCUCGGAACACUAAAUGUAGAGAAUGCGGAGGUUUUGGGCACCUCCAAACAGUAUGUAAGAAGAAAGGGCAGGCCCACCUGUUAGAAGAGGUGUUCCGUGUGGAUGACAGAGAGCAUCUCGAGCACAGGGAAAAGUACACAGUUCCGCUUCAAAUAGAAAGCAAGAGAGUGACAUUCGACGUAGAUUGCGGCUCAGCGGUCACAUUGGUGAGCGAUAUAUGGCGUAGAGAAACGUUUCCAAAUUUAAAAUUAUAUAAUACGCGUUUGAAACUGCGCUCUUAUUGUAAGAAAAAUUUCGUGCCUCUCGGAUUUAUUAAAGUAAAAGUCAAAGAUAUAAAUGAAAAUAAAAUAUUAAAUAUGUACGUGGUUAAAUACGAUCGAGAUCCAUUGUUGGGCCGGGAGUGGAUUAAUCAGUUGAAAAUGUUAAAGAAAAUUAAAGAUAGUCUCUUAGAAAUAAAAGACGUGCAUACUCUCGACGCGUCCGGGCAAGAACGGUUGGCUAAUUUAUUAGAAAAAUAUAGAAACGUACUAAGUGACGAAUUUGCAAAUAUUAAUAAAUUUCAAGCUCAUCUAAAAUUAAAACCAAAUGUAAAGCCUGUAUUUAUAAAAAAUCGUGCGGUACCCUUUAAAAUUUUAGAAAAAGUCGAAAAAGAAUUAGAAAAUAUGGUAAAAGCAGGCAUCUUGGAAAAAGUCGAGUCUUCGAAUUGGGCAACGCCAAUCGUACCGGUUUUAAAAAAAAACGGCGGAAUUAGAAUUUGCGGUGACUACAGUAUAACAGUCAAUCCGUCUUUAAUUAUAGAUGAGCACCCCUUGCCCACAAUGAAAGAAUUGUUCGCAUCUAUGUCGGGAGGCACGAUUUUUUCAAAAAUAGAUUUAAAACAAGCAUAUUUGCAGUUACCGGUCGCGGAAUCUGAUAGAGAGAUUUUAACAUUAAGUACACAUAAAGGUCUAUAUAAAUGCAACCGAUUAAUGUACGGAGUGGCAUCUGCACCCGCGAUAUGGCAAAGGACAAUGGAAAAUAUACUGUGCGGAAUACCCGGGGUGGCUAUAUUUUUAGAUGAUAUUAGAAUUGCCGGUAAAGACAUAAAACAACACUGCGAGAGAUUAGAACUUGUUUUGAAAAGAUUAUCAGAAUAUAAUAUUCGCAUUAAUGUAGAGAAAUGCGCUUUUCUUAAAGAUAAAAUAUCCUAUUGCGGAUAUAUAAUUAGCAAAAACGGAAUUUCAAAAGAACCUAAAAAAAUUGAAGCAGUCCAAAAGAUGCCAAGGCCAACUAAUACGACGCAACUUCGCGCUUUUAUUGGAUUAGUAAAUUACUACGGACGCUUCAUCGAACAUUUAAGUGAUAAAAUGUACCCGUUAAAUAACCUGCUAAAGAAAAAUGUAAAAUUUAAUUGGUCGAAAGAAUGUGAGACGGCUUUCAGAAAAAUUAAAGUAGAAUUCGGAAGUAAAAAAAUUUUAGUGCCUUUUAACCCAAAGUUGCCAUUGAUACUCGCUGUGGAUGCCAGUCCGUACGGAAUAGGUGCAGUCCUUUCACACAUGUACCCCGAUGGUACAGAACGCGUAAUUCAAUACGCGUCAAACACAUUAAAUGAAACGCAAAAGAAAUACGCGCAGAUUGAUAAGGAGGCUUUUGCAAUUGUUUUCGGGAUUAAAAAAUUCCAUCAAUUUUUGUAUGGAAAUCAUUUUACGCUUUUAACGGAUAAUAAGCCGUUGGCACAAAUUUUAAACCCGCAAAAAGGCCUUCCGGCAUACAGUGCACUGCGCAUGCAGCACUAUGCCGUGUUUUUGCAGGCUUUUAAUUUUGAUAUAAAGUAUCGUAAAUCCAUAGAUCAUUGUAAUGCAGAUGGGUUCUCACGAUUGCCCAUACAAGAGAAAAGCGUAGGAAAAUUCGACGUAAUUGAUGUAUUGCAAAUGGAAAACGUAGAAACAUUACCGGUAACUGCAAAAAGUAUUAGAGAUGAAAUAAAUAAAGAUGCGUUAUUAUUAAAAAUUCGUCAAACCUUGAUAAAAGGCAAAAGUUUAGUUCCGCUGGGUUAUAAUGAUGGCGAGUUUGCGUUGCAGGAUGGUAUCGUGUUUAGAAAAGAGAGAAUAGCUAUCCCGAAAAGCUUAAGAAGUAAAGUAUUAAAAGAAUUGCACGCAGGGCAUUUUGGAACGGUAAAAAUGAAAAAACUUAGUCGAAAUUUUUGUUGGUGGCCAAAAAUAGACAAAGAAAUAGAAGAAAUAACUAAAAAUUGUAAAGCAUGUGCCACGUUUUUAAAUAAUCCAAGAAUCAAAGUUAAACACGCCUGGGAAGCGGCGUCAGAACCUUUUGAGCGCGUACAUAUAGAUUUCGCGGGGCCGUUUAUGAGCCACACUUUUCUAGUAUUGGUCGACUCGUACACAAAAUGGCCUGAAGUUCACAUUGUAAAAAACAUGUCCGUCCAAAACACGAUAGAAAAAUGUAGGGAAAUAUUCGCAAAAUUCGGAUUGCCACGAGUCCUAGUGUCGGACAACGGGCGAACAUUUAUUGCAGAAGAAUUCGAAAAUUUUCUUAGAAUAAACGGAAUAUACCAUAAGCGCACAGCACCCUACCAUCCUGCUACAAAUGGUUUAGCGGAACGUUUCGUACAAACGUUAAAAAAAUCACUACGAAAAUUAAAUAUUAGUAAUGGCAACAUUAAGACCAAUCUACAGAAAUUUCUAUUUCAGUAUAGAGUAACACCUCAUGCAGAAUUAGAUAAAUCUCCGGCGGAAGCCAUGUAUAACCGUAAAUUAAGAAGCAGAUUGGACUUAAUGUUCCCGAAAACUAAUAAAGAAAUUGAAAUGGAAAAUAUAAUAGUUGUAAGAAAUUUUAAAGAAGGCGAAAGAGUCGCCGUGCGAGAAUAUUUAAACAAAAACGUAAAAUGGCGAUUUGGGAGAGUAUUAGCUAAGCUAGGGAAAUUACAUUACUCAGUUAAAUUAGACAACGGAAAAAUUUGGAAACGUCACUCAGAUCAAAUAAGGAAAAUAGGAGAGAAAAUUAGUGACCCGAUUGAUGAGGCGAAUAACCUUGGUGAGACUGACCAUUAUGGUCCAGUCGAGGUAGCACGGGAUGUUCUAACUCCAAGCGAUAACGAGCAAGCGAAAACUGUGCACAAAAACUCUGACCCUGCCAGCUCGAGUUGCUACUCCGAAAAUCCCAAUACAACGGAAUCCGAGGAAGGGGAAGCUGCAAGAGCCGACGACACACGCACGCGUAAAUCAAAAAUAAGUUUGGAACAAAAUGUAAACGAAAACAAUGAGGGCCGACCUCAACGUUAUAGAAAACCGCCUGAUAGGGGGAAGAGCUGUUAUGUAUUUAAGAUGUAUAUGGAGAGUUGCGCGCCGCGAGGUAAAGGAGCCUAAUCGUGACACCUUUCGGCGUUAUCGUUCUAGUUUACCCCCGAAUAUCGUCUAAAGCCCGGCUUUUAGCCGAGUCAUCGUCUCCCGCUGUCGCAGAGACCAGGACAGGCGCGUAGCGAGCGGAUGCUCCGUUGAUAAGCUCCGGUUACUCCGAUUGUGUUCUAACUAAUAAAUAGUUCUGUGGUUAAAAGUGUUCGAAUCAUUAACUCCGGUUCUCCUUCUCUCAAAUAUAAUAUUCGAAUAUACAAGAAUAUAACAAUACGAAAAAUAAAAUAAGUUAUUUUGCUUACGCGCCAAAAACGUCUAUUGCGCGUAUGACCGGGCUGGUACAUACCUACACUUGCGCGCAUUGUGUACUGCUAUCUGUACGCGGCUUGCAGUAAUAGCGCGAGAUAACAGCUGACUUACACACGUUGAGUCUAGACAGACUGUGUAUAUACGUGUAGUGAAAGCUGUAUAGUGUUUAUAGUAGUAAGUGUAUAGAAGUGUUUAGAAGAGUGUAUACAAGUAAAAGAAGAAUAUAUUAUAAAAGUGAUGGGAAGAAAAUACGACAAAACACAUUUGCCUCUCACUCGCCGCAGGAUGUCGCGAAAGAAAGGAUGGAUGAAAAGGCGACAGUUACUUAUCAGUGAGAAGACAAAGCAAGACGUAAAAAACUUGUCGGAGAUGUGUCAAAUUGUAAGUGAUACAGGUAUGUAUAAUGUCGAACAAGAUGUUCGAUUAGCUAAUAAAUUAGACUCGAGAAGCAUUGAAGAUGUUAGUAUGGAAUCCGUCGACUUUAAAACAUCGGAUGAAUUAUUUCCCGAUAUGACGUAUUCAAAUAUCAAAACAAUGCAGUGUCUCGAGUCAAAUACAUGCAUGUAUGUCGAACAAGAUAUUCGUCUUUUCGACGAUAACGAAAAGUUAAUUGACUCGAGAAGCGUUGAGGAUACUAGCGAAUCCGUCGAAUCGGAAGAAUUAUUUCCCGAUACGACGGAUUCGAAAAUCCAAUCAAUGCUGUAUCAGAAGUCAAAUACAGCUAUGUAUUCUGUAAAGCAAAAUGUUAAACUUGGCAUAGAUAAAUGUUUCGAAAGCAUGUAUAUUGAUGAUUCCAAUGACUCCAAAAGCAUGCAUUAUGAUAAAUCCAUUGAUUUUGAAAAAUCGGUAGAAUCAUUUACCGAUACAAUGGAUUCUAAUAUUCAAGUAAUGCGAUGUCUAGAGUCAAAUACAGAUAUAUGCAAUGUAGAAAAUGGUGUCGAAGAUGACAAAUAUUAUGUUAUAGAAAAAAUUAAAAAGAGCUCUAUUGAUAAAGAUGAUAUCAAAGAAAAUUUGCCUGCAGGCCGUCGCAUUAUGGACUUCUCUUUUAUAUGGACUGAGCUGCACAGAAUCUUUGACAGACAUAAUAAAGCACUGGACUGCUCGUCAAUUGAAAAUUUGUUACUUAUAAAGUCUGAAAAAUGUGGGUUGAAAACCCAGCUGUUCUUCCAAUGUAAAAUGUGCAAAACAAAAGCCAGCAUUUGGUCAGAACCCACAAAACCGGA